GCUUCAUGCCAAUCGUAGUCAGUGGUCGGAGGAGGAAAUUAUAGAUACCUUCCUAUUUAACGUGGACCCAAGUCUUGGCAAGGAAGUUAAAGAAGCCCGACCCAAGGAUAGGAAGUGGGCUACGUAUAAGACAAAUCUCUGCGACCUCUACAAACUGGAGUAGCAAAUAUUCCAUCAAGGACCUCGAGACUAUGACUCAAGAUGAAGACGAGAGCGUACAAGCUUUCGGGAAGCGCUUCCAAAAGAUAUCUGGUGUGUUGAUGGAGAAGGGCAAGCUGUCGGAGGUUGAGCGGUGCACCAUUUCCAUUGGUCGCCUGCCCAUGGGUAAGCAGAAAGCGAUACUUAGAGAUUUGCCGAAUGACAAAUUAGAUUUUCCUGAAGUCCUUAAAUUGGCAAUGAAAGUAGGAGCAGACGACUAUAGAGACUUGGUGUGGAGAGGGAUGAGAAGACGAGAUUCCUCCCUCUAUUGGGAAUAUGACACUGAUAGGUGUCCGAAUUUUAAGGAUUACCCUUGGUCAGACAGAGGAGACGURAAAGCCGUGAUGGAAGAGGUAAGAGAGAUGAGGGAAAUGAUGAAGCGCCUAGCGAGACAGGUCACAKAUAUAGCAACCAAGGCGGAAGCGACAACCUGCCAGGACAAACCAGGGUCUCCCUAUUCACAUCGCUGGGAUCGGAGUGAGCCUGGAGAGCGACGAGCAAACAUCAYAGACGAUUCAGACCYRAGAGAGAUGAUCAAGGCCCUARCUCGACAAAUCGCCUGGAUAGAGGCGAAGAUGGAGACUGAUGGGUAUCAGGCGAGGAACGGUUCGUCGAACUUGCUGAGGUGCGAUCGAGUUAGGACUGGUUCAGCGUACUCGCAGAGGUGGGAUAAUCGGGGGCCAGGAUCGUGGAGACCCCUAGAGGAUAGAAAUCCUCAGACACUAACCGAUUAUCGAUCGAGGGAGCAGAGGUAUCAUAGACGUUGUGACGACUCCCCUAGGUACCARGACGAGGAUCGAGAUCGACAGACUGCCUAUCAUAGGGACUAUACGGGAGACAGGCAUCACGGGUAUCGACGACACGGUCGGGUGGAAACUUACCCUCACAGCCCGAUAUAUGAUCCAGGUCGCGAAGACCUCCGAGAUGCAGAGGAGUAUCCUAAGGAUGAAGAUAGAUAUUGCCAUGCGAUGGCGAGAGACCGACGCUACAAUUCCCGUGAGCGACACGAGAGGAGAGAUGAUCGAGACCAUCAGGAUGAUGCCAGCGGCCAACAGGAGUCUAGGCCGCGUUCUGAGGACGCACAGGUAUCAGGCGAACACGAAGGAUACAGACGUGUGGAGGCUCAACCUUCUUCUCCUCGUGGCAGAUGCAUGUAUUGUUGUUCCGAUAACCAUAUAAGGAGAGAUUGCCGUGAUCUUCAGAAGGUAAUUGACUAUGGGGUAGUAGGACUUGACCGACUGUGCGUCACGAGAACCAAGGAUCUGAGAGAUGCAUCAGUAUCUCCUCCGAAGAAGGAGGACUUGGUGGUCAGACGAGCGUCGUUGAACGAAGUUAAGGCGACGGUAAGGAGUCAGAGAAUCGCGAUUUUCUUACAGUCAGGGGACAAGACGCCUGUAGUACCCAUUCACGUCACCUCUAUCAAAUCAUUCCAAGCUCUUCGUCCAAAGAAGAGGGCUGGCCCAGAUAUAGUUAUCAUGGAUCGAGAGGGAGAGGAAGAAGGACGGAGAGUACUAUCACCACGAAAACGAGGCCCUAAGCAAGUUACUGAUACAACAACGUCUUUAAGUGCGGAGAAGGGAAGCACCCUUCGAGUCAGGGACAUGCUCUUUCGACAGAUAGGUCGAGGCUCGACGGGGGCGUCGAGAAGAGGUCCGGGCUAGCUGUCGGGCGGCCAAAUCCAGUCGGCCACCCGAAAUAAAAGGAAUUAGACCCU